AGAAAAUCGUCAGACAAUUUUCGAAUGGAGUAAAUUGGGAUGCUAUAAAUUGGAGUUCUAGGCAAUCAAAAUUGAACUACAUUUUUGCAGAGAUGUUUGGAGUUGGUAAAAAUGGUGGAAAAAGGCAUUUCAUUUCCAUGUAUUGCAUCAAACUGGAACUCUUUUGUUCCUCCACAACUACACCCAAUUUAAUGCCAGAAUUUCUAGUGAAUUCACUUGGGUUCUCCACAGAGAAAGCCAUUUCUGCUAGCUCCAAGGUAACUUGCUUGAAACCCGGAAACAAUAAGCCUAAUUUAGUUCUCAAUUUCUUCAAACAAAUCGGUUUAGACAACACCCAGAUAAAAAUCUUGGUUUAUCCUUCGCCCAGAUUGUUGUUUGCUGAUGUCGGAAAAACCCUUGAACCCAAAGUUAGGGUUCUUCAAGAAAUUGGCUUAUCUGGGUCGGAUUUAGUUAGGGUUAUUUCAAAAAGUGGACCUUUUCUUAGAACAGGUCUCGAUACUAGCAUUAGACCUAGUCUUGAAUAUCUUAGGAAGUUAUUGGGUAAAGAUGAGGCUGUAGCUAAAGUUCUUAAGAGAUCUCCUGCAUUGCUUCAUUAUCGUCUUGAUAGAGUAAUGGCACGUAAUAUAUUGUUUUUUCUAAAUCAUGGAUGUUCCAGUUUGGAUAUUGAAAAGCUUAUUCUUAGAAAUCCGACAAUUUUUGUUCAAAAGCUUGAGUGGCUUGAGGAUAUAGUGCAAAGAGUGGAGAAGGAUUUUUGCAUUUGUAGGGAUUCCCGGAUGUUUUAUUAUGGAGUGGAAAUGCUUUCCUCGCUUAGUAAGUUGAGUUUAGAAAUGAAACUUGGAAUUUUCAGGAGUUUUGGUUGGUCUGAUUCUGAUAUUAUUACAAUGGUGCAAAGGCUUCCUUUAUGUUUGACUACAUCUGAGGUUAAGCUGAGAAAUGUAUUGAAGUUUUUCAUGGAGGAGCUUGGGUAUGAAUCUAGUUACAUAGCGAGGCAUCCCACACUUAUAAUGUUCAGUUUGGAGAAGCGGGUAUUGCCCAGGAUUAAAAUCUGGCAACUUCUAAAGGAGAAACAGGUGAUAAAGAAAGUGCCAUGUUUUUAUACAGUUAUCAAGUGUUCUGAGCGGGAGUUUUUAGAAAAUUAUGUCCUUCCCGUAAGGGACGAGAUUCCUGAGGUAUAUGAGUUAUACAUCAAAAGUAGAAACUAAGAUAGAGUAAGCUUAUUGUUUUCUCUCAUACAUGGAUUUCUUGGUUUACGAAAAGUAUUCACUGAAUGUUUUCCAAGCUAACUGCCAGACCAUUACUGUUUUUAGUUUUAAUUGUAUUUCUGGCUGCUAUUGUGCCAACAUUUUUCAUUC